AUGGGGGCGACCCCAUUUCAUCGUUCCAUACUCGAAGUCCGGCUGCCAAAACAUUUUGACAAGCCCACGGACAUGAGAUACGACAGAACGCAAGAUCCUCUGGAGCACCUCACGGCCUUCGAGGCCAGGAUGAACCUGGAGGGAGUCGGGGACGAGGUAAGAUGCCGUGCUUUCCCGGUUACCCUAGCAGGACCUGCAAUACGGUGGUUCAAUAACCUCCCGCAGGGCUCGGUGACCGGCUUCGCCGACAUCAGCCAUGCCUUCUUAGCUCAAUUCACAACCAGAAUUGCAAAGGUGAAGCACCCAAUCAACCUGCUUGGGGUGACCCAACGACCCGACGAGUCGACCAGGAAAUACCUAGACAGAUUCAACGACGAGUGCCUGGAAAUCGACAAGCUGACAGACUCAGUGGCAAGCCUGUGUUUGACAAACGGACUCCUGAACGAGGACUUCAGAAAGCACCUCACUAUGAAGCCAAUAUGGACAAUGCAGGAGAUCCAAUGUGUGGCUAAGGAGUACAUUAAUGAUGAAGAAGUCAGCCGGGUCGUGGCUGCCAAUAAACGGCAAUCCUCUACUCCCAAAUCCGGCACUACGAGGGCGGAGAAAGACGAAAGGAACAAGCCAGGGACGGCGGUCCGAGCAAAACACCAAGGCCGUUUCCCCGAGUCGGGAAGUUCACCAACUACACCCCCUGGUGGCACCGAUCGUGGAAGUUUACCAACAGAUAGCCGAGAAUGGAAUACUGGGUACGGACACAAGACCCAAGACUGCUUCGACCUGAAGGAUGCGCUAGAGCAAGCAAUCAGGGAUGGGAAGCUCGCCGAAUUCUCCCACCUCAUUAGAGAGCCAAGGAGACGGAAUCGUGACCACGAAGGCGAAGACAAGCCCCGGGCGAUAAGGCGACGCCAAGAACCGGAUGGAGACGACCACGGCCUCACGGUGGUGAACGUGGUAACUGCCAAGAAUUCAGCCCCGAAGUCGAAAGCGGCACAGAAGAAAGACGCCAAGGUCAUGGCCGUCUCCUCCUCAUCUGCGAGAAAUUCCCGAAGGCUCCCAUCCAUCUCCUUUGGUCCCGAAGACCAUUGGUUUGACGAGAUAUUGGAAAGUCCCCCUAUGGUCAUUACGGCCAGAGUCGGAACUGGCCUCGUCAAACAGAUCCUCGUGGAUACGGGGGAAGACUCGAACAUCAUGUUUCGCAACGUAUUUGACGCCCUGGGGCUGCGUGACACCGACCUAGCGACCCACCAGCACGGUGUGCACAAUGGGAGGUGGAGAAUGUGUGUGGACUACUCCGACCUCAACAAGGCAUGCCCCAAGGACUGCUAUCCCCUCCCCAACAUCGACACACUCAUCGACGCGGCGGCGGGUACCGGUAUCUGA